UGGAGACAAGAGAGUCACAGAGAAGAGGGGAUGGGAGAAGAAUGAGCACUGCGCCGCCUCUUUUCCUUUUCAGCACUUCUCCAGAAGAGGAAGAAAAAAAAAAAAGCAGCCGUCUCCACAGCUCCUGUUAGACAGAGGCAUUUGUUUGAGUGUGCGUCCAUUCAUAGAGGCAGCUAGCAUCCGUCAGUGUCCACUCCAGCUGUAGAGCCUGUCCACACUGAAUGACAGAGAGGGGCACGGGAAGGAACGGGAAAAUCUGUGGGGAGGCAGCUCUAUAGUUUACUCUGCCGCAAGCCUGAAGAAGGGAUGGAUUUCUGCACAAAGUGAGCAAAGAGAAGCCAAACCGCACACAUUAAGCCAGGAUGUCAGGAAUGGACGUCCUGCUGGUGGACAACAACAAGACUGGAGUCGCCGCGAUAGACAACGGGACCUUUCUCCGUUUCUCCCCGACGUCUGCCUCCACGUCGGCGGGCGCCUCGUCCCCGGGCGCUCGCCAGGGCAACGUCUACGUGUACGUGUGGCUCUUCCUCGGGCUGCUGGUGUUCCUGCUGACGCUGCUCAUCAUCUCCCUGCACCGGCUGAAGAACAUAAUCUCCUCGUCUUCCUCGGUGCCCGACUGCAGCAGCGAGGGAGGGAGCUCCUUCACCAACAUGGAGAUCUGCAGCAUCUCUUCUCAGAGAUCCACCAUCUCCGCGCUCUCCACCUGAGGGAGCUCAUAGUGUGCAGACUCGUGUAUAAAUGCGCUGCUUUCUCUUCACAGGCCGAGAAUGCAUGCACACACACACACAUACACACACACUCAACAAAAUAAACUCUUGGAAUAAUAUCCUCCAAUGCAUGCAUAUUUUAAUCCUGGAGGUUCAGUGAAUCUGGUGCGUAUAUGCAAUCUGUAUAGCCACCAUGGAGGUUAUAAGGGUUGAAAGUCGACAUAUCCUGCUAAACCUGACCGCAGCUAAGAGAGAUGAACGUGACGAAUGCUUUCCCAUUGUAGGGAAACGCAAACAGAGACAAUUAGCCUUUGUUUUUGUUUUUCUUGACGUUUUUCUGUCACAUUUACUUUGGAAGCUUUGUAAAUCAUUCCUGAUACCGUCUGUCAAUUGCACUGCAAAAAAAAUUCCGCAUCCUGAAAUAUUAAAGAUGUCUACUUUGUAAAGAGG